GUCACGUGAGGGUGGGCGGUGGAGGCGGAGGCUUGUCUCGCUUGUUUCUUUGCUUCUACGGUUUUCAGAGGUGGGCAGCUUUGACCCAGAAGCAGCUGGAGCUACAGUGUUGACGAUGUUUCGUAUUACUUCUCUUUCUGCAUUGGCAGAGCUGGCAGUGGGCUCUCGAUGGUACCAUAGAGGAUCACAGCCCACCCAGAUCAGGCGACGGCUAAUGAUGGUGGCUUUUCUUGGAGCAUCUGCAGUAACUGCAAGUACUGGUCUCUUGUGGAAGAGGGCCCUUGCAGAAUCUCCACCAUCUGUAAACAACCUAAAGAGUGAACUCGAUGAUAAAGGGAAGAGUAAAGAUGAAGGGGAAGAUUGUAACCAUGAAAAAAAGUCUUCAGAUAUUUGUCUUGAGUCUUAUCCAGAAGAGAAAAAGAAGAAACGUUCUGGAUUCAGAGACAGAAAAGUGAUGGAAUAUGAGAAUAGGAUUCGUGCAUAUUCCACACCAGACAAAAUCUUCCGAUAUUUUGCCACCUUGAAAGUAAUCAGUGAACAUGGUGAAUCUGAAGUGUUUAUGACACCACAAGAUUUUGUGCGAUCCAUAACACCCAAUGAAAAACAACCAGAACACUUGGGUCUGGAUCAGUAUACAAUAAAACGCUUUGAUGGAAAGAAAAUUGCCCAGGAACGAGAAAAAUUUGCUGAUGAAGGCAGUAUAUUUUACACCCUUGGAGAGUGUGGACUCAUAUCCUUUUCAGACUACAUUUUCCUUACAACUGUUCUUUCUAAUAGUUGGGAUCUCAUUUUCUUUAUUCUUAGCAUUUGUCAUUUCACCAGAGGAGGGUUUGUUCUUGUUAUUGUUGUUGUUUCCUGUGUUAAAAGAGCAAGCCCAAGAAGAAAAACUAGAUUGAUAUACUCACACCCACGAACUUCAGCUAUUUCAGCUCCUCAGAGAAAUUUCGAAAUUGCCUUCAAGAUGUUUGACUUGAAUGGAGAUGGAGAAGUAGACAUGGAGGAGUUUGAACAGGUUCAGAGCAUCAUUCGCUCCCAAACCAGUAUGGGAAUGCGUCACAGAGAUCGUUCUACAACUGGUAACACCCUCAAGUCUGGCUUGUGUUCAGCUCUCACAACCUACUUUUUUGGAGCUGAUCUCAAGGGAAAGCUGACAAUCAAAAACUUCCUUGAAUUUCAGCGUAAACUUCAGCACGAUGUUCUGAAGCUAGAGUUUGAACGCCAUGACCCUGUGGAUGGGAGAAUCACUGAGAGACAGUUUGGUGGCAUGCUGCUGGCCUACAGUGGGGUGCAGUCCAAGAAGCUGACUGCCAUGCAGAAGCAGCUCAAGAAGCACUUCAAAGAGGGAAAGGGCCUGACAUUUCAGGAAGUGGAGAACUUCUUUACUUUCCUAAAGAAUAUUAAUGAUGUAGACACCGCAUUGAGCUUUUACCAUAUGGCCGGGGCAUCUCUUGAUAAAGUGACCAUGCAGCAGGUAGCCAGGACAGUGGCCAAAGUGGAACUCUCAGAUCACGUGUGUGAUGUGGUGUUUGCGCUCUUUGACUGUGAUGGCAACGGAGAGCUGAGCAAUAAGGAAUUUGUUUCCAUCAUGAAGCAACGGCUGAUGAGAGGCCUGGAGAAGCCCAAAGACAUGGGCUUCACCCGCCUCAUGCAGGCCAUGUGGAAAUGUGCACAGGAAACUGCCUGGGACUUCGCUUUGCCAAAACCAUAACAUAGAACUGCACAAGGAGCCACCUCUCCAUGCCAAGCACCUUGGCCCCCUGGGCAGAGCCUUGGCACAGCCCUCCCUGCUGCUACUUCUGAAAGUAGUGCUGAGAUCAUUCCUCCUGGGAAUGAUCUCAGGAUUCAUCGAGUUUCCCCUGUCCUAGUGUUCUGCUAGGCUCUGAUUCUGAACCAGUGAUUUUUCCCUAGAGGUUCUCAAAAACAUGAACAAGUCCUAAAAGUGCAGACCUUUGGCACGUUUGGCAGUACUACCCAUUCAAGCACCCUACGUACAAAGAAUGCUGGGAACCAUCCACGUACCUGCCAACCCUGGGAAACACCCAGUUCUCGAGUCACCCUGCUGUGGAUUUAUAUUAAUAAGAACAUUCCUUGCUUCCUCUCCUGCUGGUGUUUUUAAGCUACGAAUUGGGAAAACCUCUGGCAGAAAAGGGAAUCAGUGAUGAAUGAUAAUGAGGGUGACUCAGGCACCCUGAGCUGGUGGGAAGCCUGGGCCAGAGGAAGGAUUUGUGUCAGUCCCCAGGAUCGCUGUGAGGCGAAGUGCACAGUGGGAAGGGAGCAAGAUUAGGAAUUUCAAGUAGCUACUUCAUGGCUCUCUCCACUCCCUUCUUUUCCUCUCAGGCUCCCUAAGAAGACUCCUGCACGAGUGUACUUAUUAAAUGAGCAGCAGUGAUUGAGCUCGCAUUCCCUGCAAGUGCCACUUCCCCUCUGGGCCUGUGCCUCUGAAGCUGAGGCUUGGCUCAGAGCCUGUCUGCCCUCUGCUUAAACACUUGUAAAAUAUCACUUUAAUUAUAACAGUUUGCAAUAAACCACCCCCCACAAAG